AUGCAGUUUCGCCUCUUCUCCUUUGCGCUCAUCAUUCUGAACUGUAUGGAUUACAGCCACUGCCAAGGCAACCGAUGGAGGCGCAAUAAGCGAGGUGGGUUCCUCUCUGCCCCGGUGGCUUAUGUAUCAAAUCCCAUUUGCAAAGGUUGCUUGUCUUGUUCAAAGGACAAUGGGUGCAGUCGAUGCCAACAGAAAUUGUUUUUCUUCCUUCGAAGAGAAGGGAUGCGUCAGUAUGGAGAGUGCCUGCAUUCCUGCCCAUCGGGCUACUACGGACACCGAGCCCCUGAUAUGAACAGAUGUGCAAGAUGCAGAAUAGAAAACUGUGAUUCUUGCUUUAGCAAAGACUUUUGUACCAAGUGCAAAGUAGGCUUCUAUUUGCAUAGAGGCCGCUGCUUUGACGAAUGUCCAGAUGGUUUUGCACCAUUAGAUGAAACCAUGGAAUGUGUGGAAGGCUGUGAAGUCGGUCAUUGGAGUGAAUGGGGAACUUGCAGCAGAAAUAAUCGCACAUGUGGAUUUAAAUGGGGCCUGGAAACCAGAACACGGCAAAUUGUGAAAAAGCCUGCGAAGGACACAAUACCGUGUCCAACCAUUGCUGAAUCCAGGAGAUGUAAGAUGGCCAUGAGGCACUGCCCAGGAGGGAAGAGACCACCCAAAGCAAAGGAGAAGAGGAACAAGAAGAAGAAGAGGAAGCUGAUAGACAGGGCCCAGGAGCAGCACAGUGUGUUCCUGGCCACAGACAGAGCGAGUCAGUAA